AUGUCAAAGUUUAGCGCACUUUUCAUUGUGGCCAUUCUUCUGUGCUUCAGUCUCAAAUCUGCAGCUCACCCUGAUUCCACUUUGACGAAAGCACAAUUCAAAAAAGGAAGCAACUGCGAAGCUUUUCAGGAAGUAGCUGUAAGGCUUUUCUUUAGCUGCUUAAGAAAGGAAGCAACUGCGAGGCUUUUUCAGGAAGCAGCUGCAAGGCUUUUCUUUAGCUACUUGAUGCAUGAUGAUAAAGUUGAAAAUGAUGAAGGAAUAUGUGGAGGGGCAGAGGAAGAGGAUUGCUUGAAGAGGAGGACAAUGGAGGCUCAUAUUGACUAUAUUUAUACUCAGAGUAAAGAUCAUCCAUGA